AUGAAACAGCUGCAGGUCCGACUAUUGCUUCUUUUAUCAUCAUUUACUAUUGUGAAUGGCAGAUACUAUCAGUCAAGGAUACUUACAUCGGGAAAUAUUGGCUGUGAGGCUUACAUUUGUGGUGUGAACGCAAGAUGCACAUUCAGCGAAGGAAGACCAGUCUGUUCUUGCAUGAACCUGCACAUGGGGGACCCCCUUUCAUGCUGUGUCAGAGUAGAAUGUCUAAUUAAUGGGGACUGCAUUAGCAGCAGAGCAUGUGUCAAUAACAGAUGUAUGAAUCCCUGUGAUGGUCUAUGUGGCAUGAACGUGUUAUGCCAGAUCAUAAAUCACUCUCCAAUGUGCUAUUGUCCUUCUGAAUACGUUGGAGAUCCUUUCGUCUUGUGUUGUAUAGCUGAGACACCUGCCGCCUCUAAGCCGAGACCAUGCGGAUAAAACACAAAAUGUGAGGUAGCGGUGUGCACUUGCCUUCCGGGAGACAGCGAAUGUUCCGAUCAUCUUGUAUGUUCCACGUCCUUUAGAUGCGAGAGUUCGUGUAAGUGUGGUCCAAACGCGGAGUGACAGGUUAUAAAUCAUCAAGCCAAGUGUAGUUGUCCAAAUAAUUGGUUAGGAAAUCCGUAUGUAUCUUGUCACCCCGAAUGCACCACUCACUCAGAAUAUCCAGCAAACAAACCAGCCUGCCUCUAUCAAAAAUGCGUGAACCCCUGCGAAAAGUGUGGUGUAAAUGCAGACUGCGAUUUGCGUGACAUUACUCCGGUCUGCAACUGUCCCGGACAUAUGACUGGCAACCCCUUCAUAAGCUGUAGACCUUUUGAAGCACGAGACCUGUGUGAACCUAAUCUAUACGGAGCAAACGCAAUUUGCAUUCCCGGUUACGACAACACCGGAAAGGAGAGACCAGUCUGUACUUAUUCGACCGGUUACAUAGGGCAUGCUUUGACCAGCUGCCAGAAGGGAGAAUGCUUUAUUGACAGCAAAUGUCCAGACAAUAAAGCGUGCAUAGACUUCACCUGGCGCCAUAUUGCCGUGUGUACCUGUCCAGACGGAACGCGAGGAAAUGCUUUUCAUAAUUGUAAUCCCAUUAACAGUAGAGCGGUGUACAAUUACGGCAGGGUUUAG